ACUGGGCGUGAGUUAAACGAGAGGCGGGAUUGGGAACUAACAGGUUGUGGAGAGGAAAGUGCCCGAGGGGUUUGAUACCAGAGGGGACUGUACAGCUUUAAGGCAGGUUGGUUUCGGAGCUAGGUAGGGUAUUGGCGGAGGGCUGGCUCAGUGAGGGGCAGGGUGUAGGUUUGACAGAGGGGAGGAAGACAACCUCUCAAAAACAAAACGCGUUUCAUUCUUUGCUGCAGGGAUUGGGAAAGAUGGCGUGUCGGAGAGGGCAGGUGUGGUUACCUGUGUGUAAGUCAUGAGGAGGUGGAGAGAGAGAGAGGGAGGGAGGCGAGGACUCCGAGCCAUCUUCCGGGAAAGGCGUUUGUGGGGUGGGAGGGGGAGAAAGAAAGGCAGCCUCAGUCCCUGCCAGAGGACAUGCUGAUCCAGUCUUGGUUAGCGCUGCCCACUGUGUGACUGAGAGCAGCUCACUCAUCCCUCUACCGCCUGGGGUUCCCACUCUUCAACCCUUUUUGUUUUGCUGACAGCCAGCUUUAUCAAUUUCCAAAUUGGUUUCCCAAUGGAAUAAUUUUGCAACUGCCUCGGGUUUGGGUAUUUAAAAAAUAUAUAUAUAUACAUCUAUAAUUUUUAAGUGUAAAUGGCAGUGGAAAGGAAUGUGGAACAGCAGCAGCAGCAGCAGCAGCAAUCCUCCGGGGGUAAAUUGCCAGCUCCCCGGUGCCGGGAUGUGGAUGGGACGGUGUUGCCUUUGCUGGGGGGUCUGGGGAGGUACCAGAAGAAGAUCCUGCUCCUGACCUGGAUCCCCGCUCUCCUGAUCGGGCUGAGCCGCAGCUCCGACUGCUUCUUCACCGCCGAGCCGGAGAUCCUGUGCUGGGCGAACAGCAGCAGCAGCAGCAGCAGCCGCUUGGCCGGAGCCCCCGGGGGACACGCCGCUCACGCCCUGGUCUCCGCGAACCGGAGCGGCCGGACACUCACCCACAGCGGCGGCGGGGAACGGGCGGCGGACGCCGGCCCCUCCGGGGCCAACAGCAACAGCAGCCAGAGCUGUCGGUGCAAACACCGGGAAUACAGGAUACCCGCCGCCCUCACCCACAACAUCGUCACCAAGUGGAACCUGAUUUGCAAUUCUUCAUGGAAAGUCCAUAUUGCCAAGUUUUCGUUACUGGUUGGAUUGAUUAUUGGUUAUUUGGUGACUGGAAGCUUAGCAGAUUGGAUCGGCCGUCAGCUGGUGCUGGUCCUCUCGGUCAUGUUCGUGUUGGUCUUUGGCUUAACAGUAGCUCUUUCUGUGAAUGUGACUAUGUUCAGCACAUUAAGGUUUUUCGAGGGAUUCUGCCUGGCAGGGAUAUUUCUCACACUCUAUGUAACACGUAUUGAGAUUUCCCUCCCUCGACACAGAUUCAUGAUGACCAUGGUAGCAAACUUCAUUGCAAUGGGGGGUCAGCUUCUUUUGCCAGGCCUUGCUGCCCUUUGUCGGGACUGGCAGAUUUUGCAAGCUAUCAUUAUAUGUCCAUUUAUUUUUAUGAUCCCUUAUUGGUGUAUUUUCCCAGAAUCACUCAGGUGGCUGUUGGCCACGCACCAACUACAAGCUGCCAAAGAGCUAUUUAUGGAGUUUGCCCAUAAUAAUAAAAUAGACACGGAAGAUGAUGUCAAAGAAUUUCUUCCAGAAUUUGACAAGGAGCCAAAGCUAAGGCCCAAAAAGACAUUCAUCGUCAAAUUGCUUUAUACGAGGAUCUUGUGGAAACACAUUUUAGUACUUUGUGUGAAUUCCUUGACAGGAUUCGGGAUCCACAAUUGUUUUGCAAAGAGUCUGAUGGACCGUGAUAAGCACCAUUUCAAAAACUUCUACACCCACUACUAUAUCAUGGAAGUGAUUGGCAUUUUGUCCUGUGCUGUCAUGUGUGUUCUCGUGGGACUAAUGGGCCGUAGAGGCACGUUGCUUCUCUUCACCAUCCUCACUGCACUGGCUUCCCUCCUUCAGUUGGGCCUCGUAAGCUAUCUGGCCACAUACUUGAGCAAUCCAUUGUCUAUAGUGUUCUCCAUUGUCGGCAUGUUCGCAUCCCAUUCAGUAGGAAAUCUAAGCAUCUUUUUCUGUGCUGAACUCACACCCACUGUGAUCAGGGGUGGAGGACUGGGCUUGGUUUUGGCUAGCGCCGGGUUUGGCCAGUUGACAGCACCAAUCAUGGAGCUUCAUAACCAGCAAGGUUACUUCCUUCACCAUGUGAUCUUUGCCUGCUGCACAGUGAUCUGCAUCAUUUGCAUAUUGCUCCUGCCCGAAAGCAGAGGACAGAACCUGCCUGAAACCAUAGACGAUGGUGACACCUACACCAGGCAGCCGUUCAUCCCUGCCAAGAAGAUCGAACAGCCCCUACUCUCAAACAACACUGAGCUCAAGGACUAUUCAGGGCUCAAUGAAAACCCAAACUCCGAGCUGACUCCUGAGAGCCCCACGGCCAAUGGCACGAGGUCCAAAUGAUUUUAUUUAAUGUUUACAGUUGUGUUUCUUUUUGCACAAAUUUCAUCCAGCAGCUGGUUUUCUUUCGUGAAAGGAUAAUUAAUUAACGUGGCUGCUCUUUGCAGAUAUGUUUUAAUUAUGGAUGAGGCACCUUUUCUUUUGUUUUUAAAAGACUACUUACAACAUCAAGGUUUGCUCUCCCCUGACACCAAAGGGAUGGCGUUUUUGACGAUUGUCCAACAAUGUGAAGGGAACUUAGGGAGCCUUUUGGUCAUUUUCGGCUGCCUGGAACAUGCUGUUCAAUCUGCAAUGGAAGGAGAUGCACUACACUUGGGAGGGGAAAGACAGCAUCAAAAAGGACUGUACUCAGCGAGCUGCUAUACCACUGAAGGAGGUUUUGAAGGUUAAUGUUGAAAGAACUGUGUGAAAGAUCAAGAUGAACUACAGCUCCACUCACCGCUUGGAGUGUCCCUGUAACUGUUGUCCCUCUCUGUGACUCCUCAUUAUCUGACCCCCCCACCCCCCACAAACACCCCAGCUAUCGCCACAUGAAAUGAUCUGAUUUGUGUUUGAUUUAAAACUUGGGUUCGCAAUUACUUCCCAUUUGACAAACUAAUCCAUUUUUUUCCUCUGAAAAACAAAGUGCAAAUUGUACAAAAUCCCUUUCAACAGUUUUUCUUUUCCCCCGCCAGCUCUGUUUUUUUCAAAAUAAGGAACUGAUGGACUGUGCUAAUGUUUGUGAUUUUAAUGCCAGCAUUUUCCUCCCCCUCCCACUUUUAUCAGGUCUUUAAUUGUAAAUUACAGUGUUUUGUUUUGUAUCUUCUAGGCUGUGGUAUGCUACUAAUCAUUUUUUUUUAAAAAAAGUUAUGUACAGGAAUAAUUUAAGUGUUAAAAGCAUGAAUUGAAUUUUUAAAUGAUUUCUCCAUGACACUAUUUGUACUUUACGAGUGGUAUAUCGGAUCACUGGUAACAUCAUCGCCGUCAGAGUUUUUCCCACCAGCCAACGUCACAAGGGGUGACACGUAUAUUUCCCACCUCUUUGCCCACUUUUAAAUCGAGGUGAAUCACUGAGGCACGUAGUUAUCCUGACACCUGUGACAUUUCAUUAGUCAACUGACCGUUAUGUCUGAAUUCAAUACACGUGUCACCAAAAGUGCUGGAGUACAUAUCAUUAAAAUUACAUAGUGGAUAUUUUAAAAUGCAAAUAAAGUAAUUGUCAUUGUUCACUUUC